GGAAACCUGCUGGUUCGGUAGAAGAAAGCCGCUCCUUAUAAAUUUCUCAGGCCGUUUGAACUUUCCUCAACAAGUGGUGCAGAAGAAGAGUAGAGACAUUUGACAAGAGCGACAUAAAACGUAUAAGACGCUCUGCAGGUGGUAGAUGUGAGGAAACUCGUGCGUACAAUGGACACUUCAUCGACCCUGUGAGGGACUAGUGUCAGGGGUUGACCCGAGUGUCCCACAACUGAAGAGGAAGAAGAAGAAGACAUCGAGGGCUGUGGAUACAACACAACCAGGGACAGCCAAAAACACAUUUACACUUAGGUUAGUGUCGUUUUAAGUGCAUCUCAGAUUCCUCCCUCCACGUAAAGAUGACGGAACGGACCCCGUGGUGGAAGGUGUUCCUGACAAAGAAAAAGACCGGCUCCGUCAGGGAUGUAGGCUCACCAAACCACUUUGGCCCUGACUUUGACCCUUUUGCACAACAUCAAGAAAAGCAAAAGGACCCCAAGGCCUAUGGCAACCAGUCCCUUUCCCAGCAACAGUCCAGCAAGAGCUCCAACCUCCUCAGCGAUGACACCUUCGACGACUCCCAACUGGAGUCGGUCUUUGACGAGAGGUCGUGUCGCAGGAACAUGAACGUGUCACGCUCGGGCCGCUUUAAAGUGAAGCAGAGGGGCCGCUCAAGUCUCCCCAUACAGGAGAAAGAGACAGAGAACACUGCGCCCCCGAAAGAGGACGCGCGAUGACGACGAGGGGGAGAAGGGAGGAGAUCACAGACUGCUCUGCAAAGAUGCUUGAUUUAAGUAUAUGAAGAAGCCUCGUUCUCAUGAGGCAAGACGUCUGCUGUGUUUGUUAUGAUGGUGAUUAUGAAGGUGACAGGCAUUCAAGUUUUGGCCCAGUACCGCAGAUUAUGUGGUACAAGACGUGGUGUUUUGGACAUUUCUUGAUGGACUCGUGUCAGAAGGCCACUGCAUGAAGUAACAUUAAAUUGGGUGUUUGAUGGUUAGUGAACCAACAAUAUUCCACAAUCAAAAGAAGACAUAUGGAGUGAGCCCUUACAUCGCCCCACAGAAUCCCUAUUUUCAUUGAUUGGACAGCACAUAAAGUGACAUAGCAGCCCUCAAAGAAAAGCACCAAUUACCAUUUUCUUUCAUAGUGCUCAAGAUAUGUGGUAUUUUUCCGGAAAUUCUUGCUUAGAAAUGUUUACAUUGUGUCUGCAAUAAGAAUAAUAUAUGUUUAAUAAUGAAGGAUGAGUGUAACGCAACUUUUACAAUGCUUUUACAACGAUUUUGAUUCUAAAGGGUUAGAAGGAUAUUUAUGAAGGUGUAACUGAUUCCAUGGUAUGUUUGGACAAAUAAGAAGUGAGCAGCUUUUGGUCAGAUACAAAACACUUGCCGGCAAAAUGCUUAAAGUGUUCAGAUGAAGGAUGGCAUGCAUUUUGUACGAAUGUCGCUGAAAUAAUAAGCUAAUGUUGUAAUAACCAAGUGUAUGAGAAAUUGAUGUGUAGCUAAGGAAGCGACGAAGUUUUGGGGCUGCUCUGUAUUGGGUCACCUGUGAACACGUACAUGGAGGCAAUGUGUGAGAAAUAAAUCUGGUGUCUGCCACUGAA